CUUGUGACAAACCAGAAGUGACCACCGUUGUCGGCGGAGUUGUCUGCGAAGACAGGUAUUUCUCUUUUGAAGUGAAGGGAAAACAACAAAGCGAAUAAACUGGAACUUGACGGCUGUCCCACAGAACUGCGGAGGAAUAUUUCUGUAACCACGAUGCGAAAAACGGCGGCGCAUUUUCGACAGCUUUCGCUCACAGCACUAGCUACGUAGCUAAGCUCACCGAGCCAGCGAAUCCAGUUUGUCAGUUUUCAUCCUGGGGAGAGUUCCAGAUAAAUUCGAUGUGACACUUAAACAUUUCCAGCCCAAGCACAUUGGGUGCCGUCCUAAGAAGCAGACUCAGAGCCGGGCUUCCGCCGUUUGACCGAACAAUGUGGCUGCAGCAGAGACUGAAGGGGCUGCCGGGCUUGUUGUCGAGCAGCUGGGCGAGAAGACUGCUCAUAGGAGUGCUGCUCUUCCUCAUCUUCUACUGGUACCUGGGAGCAGAACGCAGAUGGAGGUUCUUCAGGGGCUCGGCGGUCCCCGACGGGGCGGCCGGACAGUGUCUACUGGCCGAAAUCCACAGGUGGAAAUCUCUGGUGGAGAGAGGAGAGGGGAUUUACAGGACGCCUCAGGAGCAGCUGGACUCGCCUUUCGUAUCAGGAAACGGACACAUUCUGAUCGAUGUCGACUCCAACAAGCUGUGGGUAGCGUCGUCUUCGCAGCCCGGCUCGGCUCCUGUGCACCAGACUGAAUACUCGCCGAGGGUCGGCGUCCAGCUCGAGGGGAGGCGGGCCGAGGCUCAGGCCAGCAUGCUGUGGUUCCGGAAGGGAGCCGUGCUGUCGGUCCGCUGCGCCUCGCCGGCGUCUCUGCAGUCCGCCCGGGACUGUGUCACCAUCAGAGAGGAGUUCAUCGCGCACAGAAGCAGACCCAACGUUUACCUGCAGCGAAUCCACAUCAGUAACCCGUCAGACAGGGCCGCAGCCUUGGACGUGUCCUCUGGAAGUCCCUCCUUUGGUAGCAAGUUCUCCACCAGUGUGGAGAAACUGGAGGACAGGGACAUACUGCUGUCCUCUGGCAGGGUGCCGGUGGAGAACAACCGGAUGGUACUGGUGGUGGUGGUCACCAAAAAACUGAACAGCAGGAUUCAGGUGCCUCCUAAGUCAGAGUACACGGACAACAUCCUGUCAGUUGUGUGGACUUCAGAGCCCAUCGAGUCCUUGAAGCUCGAGGAAACCUUCAGCAGCCUCAGAGAUGGAGCCAAAAAGGAGCUGGGGGAGCUGCUGAGGGUCAGCGUGGAUGAUCUGGUUGUAGAUCACCAGCAGGCCUGGAUGGACCUCUUCAUUUCAGGGGUCGAGAUGAGGAAGAUCACAGAUUCACACACACCGUCGAGCCGCACAGUGAACACCACCCUCUACUAUACUCUGUCCUCCUCCACGGCGCCCCUCCUGGACCGAAGGCUCAACGGUGAGGAGCGCGCUCGUCUGGAAUCCAGUCUCAAUUACGCCGACCACUGCUUUAGUGGCCACGCCACCAUGCAUGCAGAGAACCUGUGGCCUGAGAGGGUGACCAGCACUGCUCAGAUCCUGCAGCUGGUCACGUUGUGGACUUUGACUUUGCAGAAGAGAGGCUGCAAGGUACUGGUGGCGGCAGGGGCACACGGAGCCAUGCAGGGCAUGGUGCUCAGCUUUGGCGGCCUUCAGUUCACAGAGAAUCACCUUCAGUUCCAGGCUGAUCCAGAUGUGCUGCACAACAGCUACGCCCUGAGAGGGAUCCACUACAAUCAAGACCUCAUUAACCUGGCGGUCCUGCUGGAUGUGGAGGGGAAGCCUUUUCUUCACGUGUCGGUGAAGCCACAGGAGAAGCCGGUCAAGCUGUACGCCUGCGAGGCAGGCUGCCUCAAUGAGCCCGUGGAGCUGACGUCCGAGAUCAAAGGUCACACCUUCCCCGUCAUGGUGACCCAGCCCAUCACACCACUGCUCUACAUCUCCACAGACUUGCGUCACCUGCAGGACCUCCGUCACACCCUGCACCUCAAGGCCAUCCUGGCCCAUGAGGAGCACAUGGCCAACAGAUACCCAGGCCUGCCCUUCCUCUUCUGGUUCAGCGUGGCCUCUCUCAUAACGCUGUUUCACCUUUUCCUCUUCAAGCUCAUAUACAACGAGUACUGUGGCCCUGGUGCUAAGCCCCUCUUCAGGAGCAAGGUAUAAACAGCAGUAAUAAGACACGCCUGCAAACUGCAAACUGAUCUGAUCUGCUGCGGUGUGUGUGUGUGGUGGCAGAGAUGUUCUCUCUUUCUAUCUAUCAAUCAACGCUCUGUCUGUGGGAUGGGCUCUCGGUUUUGACUUUCACUUUCUCUGUCACUUUAUUUUCUCACAUGGUAACAGUUUAGAGUGGGUUGGCUAAAAGCCUUACACGCCUCUCUUUCCCCUCACAGAAGAUGAUUCUACCAUUCUUGUUUUGUUUUGUGUUGAAGAAAGAUUUUUAUUUGUUUCCUCUAGAAGACUAUAGGCAAUAAAAAAUGUAGAACUCAGCCAAAAGCACUAGUAGAACCGUAGCCUUCAUUUAAGAUCAGAGACCUUGAAGUAUUGGGCGCAUAGCAUCACGUCAGUCCAGCUCCAGUUCAGCUACACUUCAUGUGCAUCGUGGAAUGUAAAGCUUUGUUGAUCUAAAUGGAGGAAAACAAGCACAAAGGUUCUUUUCUAUUAGAUUAGGUUAUUGCUUUACUCCUGUUUGCGUACGCAAACCUCAGUGCCACUUUGUACCAGUAUUCACAUUGGUCUGUCUUAACAUUCUUUUAGGGGCAGUAUUGCAUUUAUAUUCUGUCAUUUAUACUUUCCUUUGGUGAGGAGGAUUUAUAAAUGUGAGUUUUCUUUUACAAGGAAGGCAUUUUUAAUUCAUUUCAUGGCAGGGCGAAAGUCCGUUUUUAGCUACUUGUUCAACGCUGGUAAUCCGUUACAGUCGACAUCAGUUCUGCUUUUAUUUUUUCUAAACUUAUUGUUUUAGAAAUUUUUCAUUUUGAGCCUGCAAUAAAACCAUUUACAGCUGCCCUGUGGAGGUUUUUAAAAGGAGCAGGGAAUGCAUCCUCGCUUAUGGUAUCUAACAGCAAUGCUCAAACAUAGCAUUGUGGCAGAGGAUAAAGAAGACUGCAGGCUGAUAUGAGCCUGGCCAUACAUGUAACUGUCAGAUUAUUAAAAUGGACUGUGUUAUAAAGAACAGAGUGGAUUCAACAUGUGAGACUUUAAAGAUCUACACAGUGGGUUUUAUUGAGAAACACUGACUGUAAACUCGUUUACCUCCACAGGGCAGCUUCAACUAUGACAAAAAUAAGAGCAGCUUUGAUGCUAACUGCGAUCGAUGACUUAACUAAAAAACACCUGUGAGUUAGUUUUUAGAUCUAAUUGGAAUAGAAUAGAAUAAAACUUUAUUGAUCCCUUCGGUGUAAAACCUCAGGGAAACUGUUAGAGAAUUGUUGAAACCACUGACUUCCUGAAGAAGUCCUAAACCUAAAUCACAACACUGUCAUAGAAAAGAGCGCAGGAUUGCAGUGAAGUCAACAUGGAAGGACAUUUAUUACAGCUUUAGUUUCAGAUUUUUGUAGGUCUGGUCUCCUAUCAGUACAUCGUACACACAAAGGUCAUUUAUGGAAGCACAGCGAUUUCAUAAACAGCAGAUAGUCAGGAAAGAGUUCUUCAGCCAAACGUAUUCAGAAUAAAAACAAAAGGGACGCAGUCACUGAGAUUAUUAUGAGUCUGUUACGGUCUGUUUUCAUGUCACGUGACCCAUCCAGAGCUACAAAAACAUGAAACUCAGGUUGGAAUAAAUCUUUUUUUUUCUUUCUUCUUCUAAGUGAAAUAAGAGUCACAGAUCAACCAAAGCAAAAUGACAAAAAAACAAAAAAACAAACAAAUGAUGGAAGCCUCGUUUAGGUUUCAGUGUAGUGGGAUGGUUCUAAAAGUUGCACAGCGUCUGUUGUCUUGUUUAACGGCUACUUGUUUACAGUUGUCCUUACAAAAAGAGCUGUUGAUCCGCUGGAAGCUGCAGGCUGAAGGGUUCUCUGGCCAAUCUCUCUUUCUCGCUACUCCUCUUUUUCUUUCCCUGCGUUCAUGAUGUUUUAUAUUGAAUCACUCGAUUAAAUUAACAAGAAAUCUGUGGGUCGGCUUUGGUUCUUUACUACUGACCUGUCACACACUGCUGCGUCUUCUCAUCCUCGGCAUGUCUGUGUUUCUUCUGUUUUUCUCCUGGGAGGCGGUGUGGAUGGUCGGGUAGCGGCAGCUGGUUUGUCCUGCCAUUUCUAAUCUUCCCUUCUGACUUCACCAGGUCGCCAAACACGAGGAUGGCUGCUGUGACAUCUCGGAUGCUGCUUAACACUGCACGCGUUCGUUACGCGCUAGUGGGUGACCUCUGUGUGUGGGUGGGGGGGAAGUAUUAACAUGGGUGUGCUGGUGCUAGAUGUGAAAUGAAUGUUACGCCACGGCAAACUAUUCAUUGUGUUCUGCCUGACUGUGACCUGCUGCGACGCCCAGAGAUCCGCUGGGGAGACGAUGCAGACGGAACACGCCACUUUAAAAACCAAACGACGGGCGUUAAAUGUUUGUCAUUAUUGAUUCAUGCGCUGGUGUUUUGGGUGGGUAAUUGAUCAGCCAGUUAAAGUGGCAAAAUUCAAGCAAUUUGAUGAAACUAAACUGUACAAAGUAAAAAAUUCAUAUCUUAGAAGUAAAAUCUGACGCAGUUCCCACCUGUUGCAGACGUCUUUGUAAUUAGGUGGAGCGAACAAACUAACUGGGUCUUCCACUGGGGCUCCUGGAGAACUUGAUUUAGUUUUAUGAACACAGUGGCGCUUCUCACAGUAACAUGAGGACCGAAUUUAUGCAGACAAAUCCACACAUUUCUCUGGAGUCCCUUUGAGCGAGCGCUGGGCGACAGCGAGAAGGAAAAAAAUAACCCGGCAGAACCGGCCUCGACCUUGUUUUCUCAGGACUGAUUUCCACUUUAAUCGGUGCAGACGGCUUUGGGUGUUGGUUGAGAAAGGCGCUUGUAUAUUGCCAGAAUUGGCUCAGUUUAGCUUCUUUUUUUUCUACAAAAUUAUUUUGGCAAAGUUUAGUUUGCUAAAUGAGACAACCACUUGGAGAAGUCUUUCCACACGAGGUGUUGUGAGCAUGAAAGUCACAGAACUGGAGAUGGGGUGCUCACGGUGAGACGGUAUUUCCUCAAAAACGCUUGCAUAGUUUAGUUUAGGAGCUCUGUGGACCGGUUCUGCGGCUGUAAAGUGGACACGACUGUUGGCUUUGGAGCGUCAGGAACAUUCUUGUGUGUAGAACCUUCUAACUGAAUAAAAGCCUCACUACUUUGAUGCUCGUGAAGUUAGCAGACGAACCCUAGGCAGUGUUACCAUGGUAACAACCCCAUCUUCCCUCCCCAGUAUGUUCUCAGCACACCAUGCAGAUGGGUAAUAAACGAAGCCUUAGUCAGCAUCGUUUCGAUUCGAUGAAGGUCACGGCUGUUUCUUCACCACCAGCUCCAGAUGCGUCUCUCCAGCUUUUCCUGUGUUCUGUGUUUUUUUUUUCUUGUUAAAACUUUUGCUCUUUGCAUCUUUUAACACACUUAUCAGCCACAUAUCUACUGAUAAUUUUCUUCCUGCUGUUGCUUUACUCACCAGUAAAUGUUCCGACUAAAAACAGUGUGUCGAAGCAGUUGCUCCAUCAAACCAAAGUUUGUAAAAGAAAACUGUAGUUUGUUACGACUUUGGUUGUCACUGCUGUUGGUUUCCAGGAUCACAUCAGUAGCAACAGUAAUUUAUUUCAAAGUUCUACAUCAUAACUGAUAGAAUUAAGGACCAGACGGCUCAAAAUGUAAGAAACAAGUCUUUCUUUUAGUGAACCCGCUCUGGUGAGGGGAAGCUACAGAUGUACAAAAGCAAAUUUGAAAGCAAAUCAGCAAAAAAGUUUUAGCUUUUCUGGGUUUUCGUCCGUGUUGAGCAGCUCGUUGCACACGCACUAGUGUGUCGCCUCACUAAGCCUCACGUCUUCGUGCAGGGGCGACGUCUUGCAAAUAAAAAUCCACAUUCUGUGUCUACAGAAGGAAAAUUCUAAAUAAAAGGAGAAACAAUUGAGCUUGUUGGAAAAGCCAAAGGAGAUUUUUUUGUUGUUGUUGCUGAGUUGUGAUUUACUUUUCAGACAGAAGAAGAUUAGUAAUGAACUUACAAGGUGGCAGUGCGGUAAUAAUACAAUCAUGGUUCAAACAUGGGAGGAUACGACCCCAUCCUGAUCGGUGGUUCUGAUCAGUCAAUAGUUGCCUGUUGAUUAUCACCGACUGGGGUGUUUCAAAAUAUAAAUGAUAUAUUAAAACAGCUAAAAUGGUAAAUAUGUUUAAUUUCUACUAAACCUAUCCCCUCUGCCCGCCGUGAUUUUAAUAGAUGGUGAAUGUGAUAACUGUGAAACGCAGCUGGUCCACAUGUAUACAUUCUCACUGAGGUGAAAACAGCUUGUUGAAUAUCAGUACGGCAUAAAUAAUAUUUGAAAAACUUUCUCUUGUUGAUGAAGAUUGUUGUGAUGUCAUUGAUUGAUGAUUUCUUUCCUGAUCAGCACAUUAAGGAACAACUUUUCCACUGAUUGUGACUUUUAUUGAAUCUUUUCUUUGUAAUGUUUUGUUGUGUGCCUUAAUGAAAAAAAAAUGAAAAAAAGACAAUAGAAGUUAAUUUAUUGAGCUUGUGGCUUUCGCCUUUAUCAGAUUGGAAUGUAUGCUUUGUGAUUUUUUUGUAAAAAUUAAAACAAAAGUACAUUUUUUGUCAUACA